CUCCACUCGGAGCACAGCCCCCGUCCAAGGCCCCACGCCAAGUUCCGCCCAUACUCGCCCUCGCUCCACCCACACUCGCUCCAGCCUCUCCCGAGGCUGGGGACGCCAGGCUCACCCCGUCUGGACCAGGGUGGAGUGCGGUGGGCCAGGCGGGUCAGCUCCGUCCGCUCUGUCCGCUCGGUCCCUGCGUCCCCGCGUCCCCGCCAUGGGCGCCCGCCAGUCGUCGCCGCAGCCUGGACUGCUCUUGUUGUUGCUGCUGCCGCCAGUGGCCCGCGCCUCCGAGGCUGAGCACCGCCUGUUUGAGCACCUGUUCGAGGACUACAACGAGAUCAUCCGGCCCGUAACUAACGUGUCCAACCCGGUCAUCAUCCAGUUCGAGGUGUCUAUGUCCCAGCUGGUGAAGGUGGACGAAGUGAACCAGAUUAUGGAGACAAACCUGUGGCUCAAGCAGAUCUGGAAUGACUACAAGCUGAAAUGGAAUCCCUCUGACUACGGGGGAGUGGAGUUCAUGCGCGUGCCCACCGAGAAGAUCUGGAAGCCAGACAUUGUGCUGUAUAACAAUGCUGUUGGGGAUUUCCAGGUGGACGACAAGACCAAAGCACUCCUCAAGUACACAGGGGAGGUGACGUGGAUUCCUCCGGCCAUCUUCAAGAGCUCGUGCAAGAUUGACGUGACCUACUUCCCGUUUGAUUACCAAAACUGCACCAUGAAGUUCGGGUCCUGGUCCUAUGACAAGGCUAAAAUCGACCUGGUCCUGAUCGGCUCCUCCAUGAACCUCAAGGACUACUGGGAGAGCGGCGAGUGGGCCAUCAUCAAGGCCCCGGGCUACAAGCACGACAUCAAGUACAACUGCUGCGAGGAGAUCUACACGGACAUCACCUACUCCCUCUACAUCCGGCGCCUGCCGCUCUUCUACACCAUCAACCUCAUCAUCCCAUGUCUGCUCAUCUCCUUCCUCACCGUGCUCGUCUUCUACCUGCCGUCCGACUGCGGGGAGAAGGUGACGCUCUGCAUCUCCGUGCUGCUGUCCCUGACCGUCUUCCUGCUGGUCAUCACCGAGACCAUCCCGUCCACCUCGCUGGUCAUCCCGCUCAUCGGCGAGUACCUGCUCUUCACCAUGAUCUUUGUCACCCUGUCCAUCGUCAUUACGGUCUUCGUGCUCAACGUGCACUACCGGACGCCAACCACGCACACCAUGCCUGCGUGGGUGAAGACCGUGUUCCUGGACCUGCUGCCCAGGGUCAUGUUCAUGACCAGGCCGGCUGGCGGUGAGGACCACACUGUGAACCCAAGGACCCUCAAUGGUGCCGAGCUCUCGAACCUGAACUGCUUCAGCCAUGUGGAGUCAAAGGGCUGCAAAGAAGGCUACCCCUGCCAGGAGGGCACGUGUGACUACUGCCACCACCGCAGGGUGAAGAUCUCCAACUUCAGUGCCAACCUCACAAGGAGCUCCAGUUCUGAGUCUGUCGAUGCAGUGCUGUCCCUCUCGGCUCUGUCACCAGAAAUCAAAGAGGCCAUCCAGAGUGUCAAGUACAUUGCCGAAAACAUGAAAGCACAGAAUGAAGCCAAAGAGAUUCAGGAUGACUGGAAGUAUGUCGCCAUGGUAAUUGAUCGCAUCUUUCUGUGGGUCUUCAUCCUGGUGUGCAUCCUGGGUACAGCGGGGUUGUUUCUGCAACCCUUGAUGGUCAGGAGUGAUUUGUGAGCUCAGAGUGGGGUUUGCCUGAGGCUGUCCGGAGGGAG